AGAGAAAGGAAAUUCAACAGGAAAAGCAGAAAGCACUGGACGUCCAAACAAGAAAGCAGGCCAAUAGGAAGAAAGCUUUACUGACUCGUGUCCAGGAGAUUCUUGAAAAUGUCCAGGUGUGUCAGAAAACUUCUAGAUUGAAAUGAAGACAGUACAAAGUAAACACUGGUAACAGCUUUUCAGAAAAGCUUACUAGUUGUGAAGUAUGUUUUGGUUGAGUAUGAUUUGUUGGAGAGAAUCCAUUUGUUUGUUAGUGCUGCCCAGUACUUGAGUCAGAGAGGGUCCUUAGACAGUGGCUCCAUACACUGGGCAUAGCUGCUUAUUGUCUGUCUUGUGACCACAAACAGUGUCAGAGAUGACAGAAUUGCCCAUUGUAGUUAGCCGCUGAAUUAAUCAGACUGUUUAGUAAAGGACCUUCUUAUUCUCUGCUAAAGUAAAUAAUUGCCUUCAAAGGAUUUGGGAUGUGUAUAUGUGUGUGUUCAUGUGUGAAACUUUUACUCUUAGAUAUGGAAAACUGCCAUCCACGUAGAUUAAACAAAUAGGCUGGCCUGCAUAUAUCUCCAGACUAAAACUGAAAUCAUUUAAAUGACAAUAUCUAUGCCUUUUGUAGCUAUUUUUAUUUAAAUUAACUCAGAUUUAGGUAAACAAGGAUUGUGUCAUUUCAUACUAAAAAGAAAAACCAGUGAUUUAAAUGGAACAACUAAAUCCGCCAUACAUAACACUUUUGCUUUUUUGUAGUUUUCAGGGCUUUUCGGCUGUCUCUGUGACUUCUGCUGGAUGACUGCGGUAGUGAGCCUUAGGUUGUUUCCACCAACUGCUGCGUUUCCCUGUGGGGUCGUGUAUAGUGCUGGCAGUAGAUUUUAAUUUGCAGAUUAUAACUACUGUCUAUGUUAGUUAAUGUAUAGUAGUUUGUUAGCCUACUGACUGUUUCCUGUUAUUACAACAAAAAUGGCAGAGUGUUCUGAAUCUAGUCCAUGGAGAGGAUCCAAUUCUUAUUAACAGAUUAUACUAAUGAAAUUACUUGAGUCCUAGAACUUUCUGUUUAGAAAAGCGUACACAAUGUCACCUGUAAUGAAUUUCUAUAUAGACAGGGAUUUUAUGGAAUCCAAAUAGAUUGGGAGGGCCUCUUUCAUCUAUAAAACCUAUAUGAUUCAGUUAAAUAUUUAUUUUUAAAAUUUAGUUUGUCUAAUUUAAGGUCCAUUUUACCACAUACAAAAAAUCAUAGCUUUUGAGUAUCAAAGAUGUGAACUGUGCAAUAUUUUACAUAGCAGAAUAAUCUGUUUUGCUUAAGCCUGGGACCAUGCCCAUGGAUUCCGGGAAUGUGCACCCCUUUUGGUUUAUUUUCGUCCUGUGGUUAUCAGCAAGUCUACCUGAAUUGUUUACUGCACAGUGCCUGGAAACGAGCCAUCAUGUGUCUUGGGACUUAUAGGUUAGAAAAGCACCAAAUGCUAGUGAUUUUGACCAAUGGGCGACAGAAACUAUUUAUUCUAAUUCAGAAGUCAAAAGCUUGAAUGCUCCUGCUACAAUUCCGAACAGCUUGCCAAGCCCCCCUGAGCACUGUACUUCAGUAAAGCUUGAAAAGGUAACUGGACUUCUGCCUGUGGGCAAUAAGGACCAACACAAUGCUAAUGGGAUGAGCCUGCCUAGUGACUCCGAAGGGUCUGACUCUCUGAAGCGGUGUGACAGUCCAGACAGCAGGCAGGCAGAAAACGGAGCUGCUCCAAGGCUCUCUGCAGCGAGCUCACAGGAGACUCUCAUUUCUGACGGUCCCCUCUCAGCAAAAGAAGAACAGGACCCAUCACGUUUGCCUGAAGUCACUCCAGAUCCCUACAUCAUGAGCCUUCAGAAUCUAAUGAAGAAGUCAAAGGAGUUCGUGGAGAGAGAACAGUCUAGACGAAGUCUGAGGAGUGGUGCAAAGAGAAGUGCUAGUGAAAGCCACUCAGACAAAGAAAACGAUGCUGCUAAGGCAGGUGACUGUGUGAAGGAGAAGACCCCACCUCUGCCCACAGGCCGGCACUGUGGCUCCACCAUCCCAGACAAACCAAGCCUUAAUAAGUCCAACGUUCUCCUACAAGGUGCUUCUCAAGCAAGCAACAUGGGCACGUCAGUUUUAGCCAGCUUUUCCAAAGUAGAUCUACCUGUGGGAAAUGACUCUCCCACUCUUCCAGAUGCCGAGGCAGCUUUUAAAGUUAUUCCCACCUUUAUUACUGAAAAUAAAGUUAUCAAAAGUCUUACAGGUCCAUACGCCAAAUUACCUAGUCCAGAGCCAAGUGUGAGUCCUACAAUGCAUCGAAGGCAUUCCAGGCCAUCGUCAGCAUGUCAGAUCCUUAUAAAUAACCCGGUGAAUGCCUGUGAGCUGAGCCCAAAGGGAAAAGAAGAGGCCAUGCAUAGAGUCACUCCAGCCGCUGGUGAAACAACCAAGGAAUCUGAAAUUGUGCCAAAGUCACCAGCUGACUUCACAGGCAAGGUUUCUGCUAGCAAAAGCAUGUUGGAGACCACAAAAGAAAUGGUUAUGGGUAAGCCAACUCAGGGACAUCAGGCCUUAGGAAAUCAAGUAGACAAUAAAGUCACUGUUGAGCAUGCUGCUAUGGAAGGUGCCCUCACACCCGAUGAGAGGGAAGUCCGGAAAGUGGACAGUACUUGUAUGGCAGUGCCCAAGUUGCAUGAACUACACACCACCAGUCAGUGUGUAGCAAGUCAGGCCAUGGAAGAUGUGUGUGGACUCAAGUCAGCCAAUAUGUUAGCAAAAAACUCUUGCAAUUUACAAAUGGAACUGAAUAAAUCAUAUGAUGUGAAAAACCCAUCUCCCUUACUUAUGCAGACCCAGAUGUCCAGACACCAGAUGGACACUCCUUUAGUGCCCUGUGGAAACGAACAGUUUUUGGAUAACAGUUUUGAAAAAGUUAAGCGGAGACUUGAUUUAGAUAUUGAUAGUUUGCAAAAAGAAAAUUGUCCUUACAUUAUAACAACUGGAGUAGCCGAACAGGAAAGGGAACACCUGCGAGAAAGAAGAUACUCUAAGGGAUCCGGCUACAUUAACAAGAAUAAGAUACUAGAAACUAGCCCUAAAGAAGGCCAGGAGAUACUAAAAAGCAGGAUGUUAGCGUUUGAAGAGAUGCGAAAGAGACUGGAGGAGCAGCAUGCGCAGCAGCUGUCCCUCCUCAUAGCAGAGCAGGAGCGAGAGCAGGAGCGACUGCAGAGGGAAAUAGAAGAGCAGGAGAAGAUGCUGAAAGAGAAGGCGGUUGCGGCAGAUGUCUCCGACUUGAGCAGUGCGCUGGAGCUGGAGUGGAGAAAAAGAAGCGGUUCUGCUCUGCUAGAAACAAUGCUGUCCCAGGUGGACUCGCUCCAGACCUCAGACAACUCUGGCUUCACAAAUUCUGCCCUACAAUAUAGCUUUGGUUCUGCAAGUGAAGCACCAUUCUACCUCUGGGGAUCGCUGGCCAGUGGCGUGACCAAACUCUCAGUAACGAGGCCUUUUGGAAGGGCCCAAGCUAAAUGGUCUCAGGUUUUUAGUCCAGAAAUACAAGCAAAAUUUAACAAAAUAACUGCUGUGGCAAAAGGAUUUCUUACUCGUAAACUUAUGCAAACAGACAAGCUGAAGCAGCUUCGACAAACCGUGAAAGAUACUAUGGAGUUCAUACGAAGCUUUCAGUCAGAAGCCCCGCUGAAGAGAGGUGUUGUCUCAGCCCAAGAUGCUUCCCUUCAGGAACGAGUGUUAGCUCAGUUGCGAGCUGCCCUGUAUGGUAUUCAUGACAUCUUCUUCGUAAUGGAUGCAGCUGAGAGGAUGUCAAUCCUCUAUCAUGAUCGAGAAGCCCGCAAAGAGAAACUGCUCCGGCAGAUGGGUAAAAUGAGAAGUCCGCGGGUGGCGCUUUCAGCCGCAACACAGAAGUCUCUCGACAGGAAGAAGUUCAUGAAAGUUGCUGAAAUGGGAAUGCCAAAUAAGAAGUUCCUGCUGAAGCAAAGCCCUUCAGAAACAAGAGUCCUUCAGCCAAACCAAGGACAGAAUGCACCUGUUCAUAGGCUACUUAGUAGACAAGGAACCCCUAAGACAUCAGUGAAGGGGGUUGUGCAAAAUAGACAGAAGCCUUCACAGAGCAGAGUGCCUAACAGAGCGCCUGUGUCAGGAGCAUAUGCAGGAAAAAUCCAAAGAAAGCAGCCAAAUGUUGCGACAAUUUAAGAAGACAGCAUUCACUGGGAUGAAGCAGGGGAGGAGGGCAUGCUGUCCCCACAUUCCAUUCCCUGGCCAGGACUUUUAGCUUAGCCCUGGCCUCUGUUUAUACAGGCAAAGAGACAGCAAGGGCUGAACAUUUGUAUGCAUAAUCUUGUCAGUUCGAAGAAUUCCUUCCUCAUUUUCCUAUUAAUGUAGUCUGGGUGAAGAUGAUUAGCUCAGCACAAUGUAUGUGCCCAGAGGUCUACAGUCACCCUUUUUUAUAAACAUAAGAAAUUUGGACUUAUUUUUACAGAAUAUUAAAAAGAUACCACCAAUUGUAAAUUAUCCCUAAAACCUAAAUUUCAUUCAUGACUAUAUACUGAUUGCUGAAUUUGAUAAACAAAUUAGAUACUAUUCUGUUCAAAAAUAAAUUGUUGCAGAAGUAUAUGUUUUUCUAAUUUUAAAUGCCCACGAUUCCAUAUCCUUUGACUUGCAGUGUAGGAUGAAACACUUGCCACACUGAAUCCUAAGUAAGAAGUGGCUGGGGAGGGGGGGGUCAUGGUUUUGGGUAAAGGACAUUCCUGUGGACAACUACUAGUCGUUUUACAGAAAUGUCAGGUUUCAUGUAUGUUACUAUUAGCUGUAGGGAGACUAGAUAGAAGUACUUUCUUGGGAAGUGGCAAGUUCAGAGAAGAGAGCUUCAUGAAUGUAGCGCCUGGGAAUGCACUGUGAAGACAGGACAGCAGAGUGCAUGCAGUUAGUUCCGUUUCGUCUAGGUAGCUUAUUUCUUCCUAGUCUUCUUUUUCCAGCAUGCUUCACUUAAGAGAGAAUAAAGGGCUAUUUAGUAAGAAAUCCAGAUGGGUAGCAUAGUAAUACUGUCUAGUUUAAAAUCUGCAGUAAAGGCACCGAGAUUGUAUAGCUUUCAUGACUAACAUAUUCAUUAAAUGCAUCAACCAACACUGUACCAAGAGAAUAUGAUUUUAUGAAAGAGAAUGCUACUUUUCAUAUAAUCCUAAAAAGGGCUUUGUGCUUCUUAUAUGACAUUGGGACUGUGUACAUUUGAUCCUUAUGACUUGAAUUUUAAAGAUAGUAGUAUUUUGAAGAUGCAGCCUAUAAAUAUUCUUAACCUUUUAGGAAUAUGGAGAUAAAGAUUGUUUUUCUGAUUUUCUUCCAUCUGAGAUUUGAGUUUUAUACCCAGCAAUAGUUACAAAAUAAUAACCCACUCUGGGUGUAAACUUGCUUUUCUUUAUUGAGACUUACCAUUCAUUGAAUAGAAAAAGAAAAUAGUCAAAAAAAAAAAAAAAGUCCAGGUUACUGCCAGGCGGUGGUGGUACACACCUUUAAUCCCAGCAUUCGGGAGGCAGAGGCAGGCUGGUCUCUGAAUUCGAGGCCAGCUUGGUCUACAUAGCGAGUUCUUGGAUAGCCAGGGCUACACAGACAAACCCUGUCUUGAAAAACAACCAAAAAAUGUCCACAUUACAGCUUUUUUACUUGUAGGAAGAUACACCGAGUUAUCUUUCAAAUGCGAUAAACUGCUUCAUUGUUUGAAACACUCAGGAUGCUUACUCGUAUCAUUGUGGGCUCUUCUAUGAGAAGAGGAGCUGUUUGUGUGCAUUACUAUAGCUAAAGAAAACUGCUUAGGAAAGCUACAGCUACUUUUAGAUUAAGGAUGAGAAACUGGUGUGUUUUUAAUUUCAAGAUGAAAGUUUUGUGUGUUUUACAUUUGAAUGUUCAGAAUUUUCUCUCAGAAAAGUGCCAGGCACUGUUUUGUGCUUUUGAAGCUUUAUUUAUAUGUGUUAUCUUUAUUGUUAUUUUUACUUUGACUGGAAUGUCUGUUCAUGUAAAUUCUAUUUAUUUUUAUACUUUGAUUUUCACUAGUCUUGCUUCUAGGUAAAAGGCAAAAUAAACUUACAUCCUAAAGGAAA